CUAUUGGCAGCGCUAAAAUCAACCUUGCAGUUUGCUCUUUGAUACAAACUUUAGGUUUGUGGAUUCAUCUGUCUUCAGGAGAGAAGUUUGAACAAUGCUUGUCCAGUCAUUGAGAGUCUGUGGAAUGUCAAUAGCGGUUUGGAAUCUGCAUGAUUUGAAAGACAAAAAACAGGGAAGUGGAGUCAUUUAAUUUCGGGAAUCAUUUCUUGUGUCAUGAUGAAUAUUAUUGAUUAAUUUCUUUAUAGUAACUACAAUGAUUGUGACACAAUAAAAAGACAAUAAAAAACAUUCCCAGAAUUUUACUAUUGUAUUUUUCCACGCAACCGAACUAUAUAAUACAUAUCAUUCUGUAAAACCACAUCGUAAUUUUAACUUUACAUAAUACAUAGUCUGUUUUACAUUCCUUAAAUAGCUCUGCCUCGCCUAAAUGUUUACUGAUAAAAUGUCAUGGAAGUGAUCUCGCUGAAUAAAUAUGUAUAAGUCAUAUAUGUAUCUAACCCUCAUGUUUUACUUUUUUCUUGUUGAUUCAUGAACAAGUGACUUUCAUGCUGUAAUGACAGAGGAUGACGGUGAAGCCCCUUCUUGAGGGGGUGGGGAGGAGUGGAUGUGACCUAUAUAAGACUACCGGGUACAGUUUUUCCUCAAGUUCACUCUGUCAGGUGUAUCCAUCACUUCACAUGUUGCUCUUGAGAUUGUGGAAGAAUGAAGACAUACAGCUUGAACAACAUUACAGGAGUACUAUUCAGAAAUUCAGUUGCAGCCGAGCAGGAUAACAGUGAUAACAAUGAAGCCAACAAGCCAGAUCCUCAUGUCGGGCAGAAAGAUGAAAACACUGACAGGGGAAAUUGGAGCAACAAAAGAGAGUACAUGCUUUCUAUGAUCGGCUAUGCAGUUGGUCUCGGAAAUGUGUGGAGAUUUCCAUACUUGGCUUACAAACAUGGGGGAGGGGCCUUUCUCAUCCCCUACACGAUCAUGCUGGCUGUUGCUGGCCUUCCUUUGUUCUUCUUGGAGAGCUCUUUUGGACAGUUCUGCAGCCAAGGCCCCAUCAAUGUAUGGAAAUCAGUGCCUAUACUGCAAGGUGUUGGCAUUACAAUGAUGCUGGUUAGCACAUUUGUGGCGAUCUACUAUAAUGUGAUCAUUGCUUAUAGUAUCUACUACCUUUUUGCAUCUUUUCAAUUUCCUCUCCCUUGGAGUGCCAAGGACUGCAACUCAACAGCUUACAACACUACUGCCUCAAUGCUGAAUGAGACUGCUGAGAAUCAAACCUGCCAGAAUGACUUUUUAGGAGGCAAGAGCCCCAGCGAGAACUACUGGGAUACAGUGGCUCUUCGGCGCACUAGCAGUAUGGAUGAGACGGGGCCGGUGGUUUGGCACCUGGCCCUUUGCCUUUUGCUCGCCUGGAUACUAGUUGGAGCAGCUCUCUUCAAAGGCAUAAAGUCCUCUGGGAAGGUGGUGUAUUUCACAGCUACUUUCCCAUACGCAGUUCUUUUAAUCUUGCUGAUUCGUGGUGCGACUCUGGAGGGAGCAAAAGAUGGCAUUGAGUACUACAUCGGCUCAAAGUCCAACCUCACCAAACUGUCUGAUGCUGAGGUUUGGAAGGAUGCAGCUACUCAAAUCUUCUUUUCUCUCUCCAUUGCCUGGGGUGGUUUGAUGGCUCUGUCCUCUUACAACAAGUUUUACAACAACUGCUACCAAGACUCCAUUAUAGUGUGCAUCACAAACUGCGGCACCAGUGUCUUUGCUGGCUUUGCCAUCUUUUCUAUCCUUGGACACAUGGCGCAUGUCUAUCAAAAACCAGUGUCAGAAGUUGCAGAUGCUGGUUUUGGAUUGGCCUUCAUUGCAUACCCGGAUGCCCUUUCUAAGCUUCCCAUUUCACCCCUGUGGUCAAUCCUAUUCUUCUUUAUGCUUAUUACCCUUGGCUUGGACUCCCAGUUUGCAGGAAUAGAGGUUAUCGCCACCUGCCUCCAGGAUGCCUAUCCCAAACUUUUUAAGUCCAGACGAGGAAUUGUUACGACAGGAGUCUGCAUUGUUCUCUUUUUCCUCGGCUUGCCGUGUGUCACUGGGGCAGGAAUAUAUUGGGUGAAUUUAAUUGACACAUUUUGUGCUGGAUGGAUUCUCCUGGUUGCUGGAUUACUGGAGGUAUUGGGUCUAUCCAUUCUGUAUGGUGGCAAUCGCUUCAUCAAAGACAUUGAGAUGAUGAUUGGGACUAAGAGCUCCCUCUUCUGGUUAUGGUGGAGAGCUUGCUGGUUUUUUAUUACUCCGGUGGUUCUUUCUAUUAUCCUUGUGUGGUCCAUAUAUACUUUUACAUCUCCCACAUAUGGCUCAGUUCAAUAUCCAGAUUGGGGCAUUUCUCUGGGCUGGUGUAUGACUGCUUUUUGCCUCAUAUGGAUCCCUAUUUUUGCAGUCUGGAAAUUGUUAAAAGCUAGUGGAGGCCCCUGGCAGCGUAUCAAAACAGCCUGUUCACCCACAGAGGACUGGGGUCCUUAUUUGGAGUGUCACAGAGGGGAGCGCUAUGCUAAGAAAGAAGCAACUAAUGCAAAUAUAUUUGUAAUCUCACACAACAAAAUCCCACUCUAAAUUCAAGUAUAGAGUUUUAAUGUAUUUGUACACACAUGCAUAUGUAGCACUUUAGUCUCCAUGUAGUAUAAUGAAAGAAAAUUUAAUAUUUUAAUGUAUAUAUUUGUUCGAUUUUUUAUCAACACUUUACCAUAAGGUGUCAUUUGUAAACAUUAGUUAAUAUAUUAACUAACAUGAACAAACAAUGAACAAUACAUUUAUUACACUAUUUAUUCAUCUUUGUCAAUGUUAGUUCAUUGACAGUCAUUCAUUGUUUGUUCACAUUAGUUCACAGUGCAUUAACUAAUGUGGUUCAAGGUCCAAUAUUAACAAACCAUUAACUAUGACUUUUGCCUCAAUAUAAUUUGCUACUUAUUAAUAGUUAGUAACGUCAUUGUAAAGUUUGGUUAUUGGGUAGGAGCAAGGACGUAGAUUAUGAUCAUGUGUUACCACAACACUACUUGUUAUUUUAAUCAUGCAUUAGUAAAGAAACUAACAAGAACUAAGAUUAAUAACUGCUGAAGUAUUGUUCAUUCUUAGUUCAUGUUAGCGAAAUUAGCUGACUGAAUAAUGUAAACUAGUGAACUUUAUUGUAAAGUGUCAAUGAAUUUUUUGUGGAUUUAAUUUUUUACCUUUAAUGAGAAGUUUGUAUGUUUACAUUUAUCUUUUUGGGUGCUCUAUUGGAAAAUGUAAUGAAACCCAAUUUAUUUUAAAUGAAAUGAAAUAUUUAUAUUUGAUGGAAAUAAAUCAAUAAAAAUAUUCAUAUUAAAAAUACAGAAUGCAAUUAGCAGACAAAAUUAACAGUCAAGCAUCUUAUGUUACAAAUAUUUCUAUGACCAGAAGAGGAGGACAAUUAAUGGAGAAACAUACAAUGCUUGCAUGAUGUAAAGAACAUGUAAAAAUAACAGUGAUAUAUUCUAAAUACAAUCAUUCACAUUCUCUGAAAAUACAGUAUAUCACCAAAUAUUCUCACUGGAAAUUGGUGAAAUCUACAACAGUCAUGUUUGUUGAAAAUGCAGUAGAUUCUGCAUGUCCCAUGUUGUCCUUUUUGGUUUUUAGUCUCCCAAAGUCUCUCUUCACGGUCUGUUAUCCCGGACCAUCAUCCAAGUUCACUGUUCAUAUACCAUGGCAUCUUCAAAAUUACUUUGCAUCAGCCACUGAAAAGAUUGAUGACUACUGUACUUAUAAAAACAGCAUUUACUGAAUUCAAUUUGCUAAUGAAAAUCUGAAAAAUCAGAAGCCUGAGCAUAAAAGUCAAACAGGUAAUUAGUGAUGCUUUACAUGCCCAGAAAGCUCUUGACUUGUGUAUGCACAGAAAACCAUCUGUGGAGAAUCACAUGCCUGAGGCACAACAGAUACACUGUAGUACAGUGAAUUCUUUAUACAAUCAUACAUUUUUGAUUUAUGUUGUCAAAUAUUUUAUUGCAUAAGACAGCAUGAAUAGAAAGAAAGGGUCAAUUGUUUUUAUAACUCAACUCAUAAUAUAAAGUGUCUUUUGGGUGCAGAUAUAAUCCAUUAAAUGCUAGGAAAGUCCGUUUAUGUUGGGAAAAAAAAAUCAUAUGAAUAGUAUAAACUAUGAAAGAAUACGAUCACAUACACACAAAUGAGUUCAACACCAAACCCUCCCUUAUAUAUAAAAGCAAUGUUUAAUAAAUUGACUAAAUUACAAAGCACUGAAAGAACAAUGAAGAAUUGAUUUGUUUGAAUUUUAAACCUGAAAUCCACCGCACUGCACGAGAGCCACACCUGUGAUGCAAAUACAAUCAUUUAAAUCUCUUUCAGAAAUAACUUGUGAAAGCACAACUGUGAAUGAAUGAGUAGGGAAAAUCAGGGGCAAUUAUACACACUAGAGAAAAAAUGUAAAUAAAUCAUUUAGAGAGACAUUUUCAACAACAGCAAAAAUGUAUAAUAAAAAAAACAUAAAAUCUGCUUUUGGAUCUCACUUUUGUUUCUCUGUCAAUAUUAUUUUUCUGCUGUCUAAAACAUUUUUUUUCAAGUGUUACAACUGCCUCAACCAUUCACUUAGAGGGUGAUUAUAACAAAUUCAAUAAUAUAAAUCUUUCUAUUGUAGGUUUAUUAAUGAUACUUUGACACAUGCAAAACAUUUUUAUACCACAGGAUGACAGAAAGAUUUGUACUUAUAAAGGACAAUACUAAAGAUUGCAAUAUAUCACAUAAGUAACAAAUAUUAGAAUAUUUAUAAUACAUUUUGACCUAAUUAC